CAGAUGCCUUUAGGACAGGGAAUAAUCGUUUUAUAACCCUGGAAUGAAAGCUUGCCAGCUUUUCUUUUGAAACGAGAAAUUAUCAGUGAGUCACCUCUGAGACAUAAACGAUCUGUGUUUGGACAAUGAAAACAUAAUGACUGGAGGAUUUAUUCUUAGGACUGUGUGAGGGGGCUAAGGGAGGGGAGUAAUUUAUGAUGCGUUUCCCUCAGGUCCCACCUAAGCCCCUUUUAACUCACAACGCGUGGGGUACGCCCACUCCAUUUCUGCCGCGCUGCUCUCCAAGCAUCAGGACCACUCUCUCCUUCCCAUCAGAGUCAUUUCGGAGCAGGAGAUCCCUCUGAGGACCCUCGGGGGAAUGGCCCCUGAACGGGAUGGCUCCAACACCACCACCACGGCCACCAGCAGAGUCUUGGCCAACCAGUUCGCGCAGCCCGCGUGGCGCAUCGCGCUCUGGUCCGUGGCAUACGUCACGGUGCUGGCAGUGGCCGUCUUCGGCAAUUUGAUCGUAAUUUGGAUCAUUCUUGCUCACAAGCGGAUGAGGACUGUCACGAACUAUUUCGUACUGAACCUGGCUUUCUCUGACUUCUCCAUGGCUGCCUUCAACACCCUCAUCAACUUCAUCUACGCGGCCCACGGUGACUGGUACUUUGGAGACGUCUACUGCAGGUUUCACAACUUCUUCCCGGUCACGGCUGUGUUUGCCAGCAUCUACUCCAUGGCCGCGAUUGCCUUAGACAGAUACAUGGCCAUCAUCCAUCCUCUGAAGCCUCGUCUGUCUGCUAAAGUCACACUAGGAGUUAUCUUCUGCAUCUGGACCCUCGCCGUGGCUCUUGCCUUCCCUCUCUGCUACUUCUCCACCACCAGAACUCUACCAGGGAGGACCUUCUGCUAUGUGGCCUGGCCCCGCAUGGUGGACGACCCCUUCAUGUAUCACAUCAUAGUUACUGUCCUGGUUUAUGUGCUGCCGUUAGCUGUGAUGGGCAUCACUUACACCGUAAUUGGAGUGUCGCUGUGGGGAAGUGAGAUCCCAGGAGACUCAUCUGAAAACUAUCAUGCACAACUCCGGGCUAAAAGGAAGGUAAUUUGAAUAUCUAUCAACAUAACUUUUUAUAA